GUCUCUACUUCUAGCAAACUGGUCGAACGCGGUCGAUCUGCUUGGUCGCUCCGACCGCGUGGCUGGCUCAUCGCUCGCCAAACGGUGCGUCGUUGCAACGCCGCAGCGCGUACGACACCAGCUGCUGCGGUGCGCGGCGUCCGCCCUUGUGUAAAGCACUUUUGCAUCGAUGGCGCCCAAGCGCAAGAAGAAGACGACCGAGGCCCCGCGCGGCUCGGACGCGGCGACGCUGAUCGCGCAGUGCCCGCGCGCCGCGCUGGAGGAGCUCGCGCUGCGCAUGUUCGACCAGCCCGGCUCGGUCUCCCGGAAGGAUCUCGAGGAGGCGGCCGCGGCGUGCCGGCCCAAGGCGCCCAAGGUCAUUUCCGUCGGCGACGACAGAAAGGGCACCGGCGCGUUCGACGUGGUCAGCGGUGACGUGCUCGCGCGCAUCCUGCUGGCGCUGCCGAUCCAGGACCGCUACCGCAUCGCGAUCUGCGUCUGCAAGGCGUGGCGCCGCCUGCGGUCCGCGCACGGCCUCUUCACGGUGAUCCGCGCCGGCGGAUUUGACGCGGGCGCGAGGCGGACGUGGCGAAAGGACGCGCUGCGCAUCGGGCCGUGGCAGGAGCACGCGUUCGACAGCAGCGCCGAGACCUCGGCGGCGUCGAGCCUGGGCCUGCACCGCCUCGUCCAGUGGCACGCGCACCGCGACGAGGUCCACACGCUCAGCCUGGCGACGAGCUGCGGGACCAGGUCUUACCUCUCGGCGGACGCCGUCAUCGCUGCGAUUAAGGAUCUCCCAAAGCUCCGCACGCUCGCGCUCAACGGCAAGAGCAUCACGGCCAAGGUCAUGAAGGCGCGGCCGCCGUGCCUGGCGACGCUGAAGAUGCUCGCCGUCGGCAAUGGAUGCAGCGGCAGCCCGGCGCAGUUCGCCGCGAUGCUCGGCGCCGCGCCCAAGCUCGAGAGCCUCGCGGCGUCCGACAAAUUGUGCACCGCCCAGUCGCUCGGCGCCGCCGUGCGCCAGUGGCGCGCGGCGCGCGGCGGCGGCGACCCGCUCCUGGCGCACCUCUACCUCUGCGGCUACGACCACCAGAACUUCGCGCUCAUCAACCAGCUCGGAAACUGGUUGCCGAACCUCGAGACGCUCGCGUUCCGCGCGCCCGCCUACCAGCACGUCUGGAUGCUCGGCGCGCCGCAGUUCUCCACGUUCCAGCGCCUCCACACGCUCCGCAUCGAGGGCAUGGCGGGGUACCAGACCCACGCGUCGACGGAGCAGAUAGAACAGCUGACGGCCGCCGCCCUCAGUGCCUGUCCCAAGCUCGAGACGCUCCAGAUGCUCCACGGUGUGGCUUUCUCGAGGCCGCCGCCGAUCCCGGGGGCGGGGACGGCGUUCCGGACGCUCCCGCCGACGCUCAAGUACCUGGCCAUAUCCGACAUCGUGCUCGACUCGGAAAGCCUCUCCGUCAACUCGCUCGAGGUCCUCCGCCUCAACAACUGCAACAUGGCGCUCGAAGCGGCCCAGAUUUUCUGGCCGGAUCUCGCCGUCGAAGACUUCGAGGGCACGCUAGCUCGGAUAGUAGCUCCAAAGCUCGACGAUUCGGACGACGGCCCGCUCAUCCCCUCGACGGGGGGCGACCCGGGGGAGCCGCCUUUUCAUUUCGGGCGCUUCGACUAGCGGUCGAGUUGGGCGCGUGGCUGAACGUCAGAGCCUGGUCCCCUCUCCUUGUGCCUUGACACGUGA